UGAGGAAGGGCCGGGCACGCGCCGGAGAGCGGGCGGGCACGCGCCAUGGAACAGCGGUUAGCCGAGUUCCGGGAGGCCCGCAAACGGGCCGGGCUGGUGGCCCAGCCCUCCACGUCGAGCCAGAGCGAGCCGACCUCAGGAGCGAAGGCGGAGCCAGCGGCGGCGACCCCAAAGGCAGCCCGAGGCUGGCUGAGACGCUUCCUGAAGUGGAAAGCGGGCCCAGCGGUUGCGCCCGCGGGGCCCAACCAAGCUCAGGAAGCAGGCCAGCAGCCCCCUCAGAGCCCAGCCGUUCCUCUGCCUUCCUCCUGCCGCCGGUCUCUCCUGACCAACAUCACCUUCUUAAAGGUUCUCCUCUGGUUGGUCCUGCUGGGACUGUUUGUGGAACUGGAAUUUGGCCUGGCUUAUUUUGUCCUGUCCAUGUUCUAUUGGAUGUAUGCAGGGACUCGGGGUCCCGAGGAGAGGAAAGACGGGGAGAAGAGCGCCUACUCUGUGUUCAACCCGGGCUGUGAGGCUAUCCAAGGCACCCUGACUGCGGAGCAGCUGGAGCGGGAGUUACAGCUCAGGCCCCCGCAAGGAAGGUAGGCCUUGUGCGUGGACUCCGGAGGACAGAGGACAGCGGGCAGGGCAGCCACGUUCUCCACUUUCCCCCUGAUGUGCUGCAGUUUCAUCUUCGGUGAAAUUUUCUAACGGAAACUCACGGUGGGGCUGGCGCAGUUUAUAAAAGCCAUAUAAGAAGGAGGCUGGUUUGUCUCGUUAUUGGAGAGUGGCGAUGGUGGCAUGCUAGAGAUGCACUGCGAGGUUCUCUGGCAUACCCAGCGGUUUGAUGGAUGAGUAGGCACAUUGGGGCUCUGUGUCACACAUGAAUGCUCUUUUAAAAUAAUUUAA